UGUUAUUUUAUUUUUCCAUAUUAACUAACUAUUUAUGUUUGCUCAUUCCAUCUGCGUACAGUUGAAUGUAUAAGUUAUAUAAUUUAUAAUACAUUUCUUAUUAGAAUGAAGUAGAGAUUAAAUAUUGGUUAAACAUCAAAAUAACCGAAUUUUAAGCAACUUCAAAGUAAGUUGAACGGAAUUUGCAUUUGUUAAUUUAAAAGCAAAAUUUCAACUUGUAAGAAGACACAAUGUGAAAGUAUCUUUACAUGUCGAGAAUGUAGAACUCGAUCGUUUACGUGUAUCGUUAUGAUGAAAUGCACAUGCAAGAAUCUUGCACAACAUGUAAUCUCGGAUACUGUAAUUUGUAUACUUUGUGGUCAUUCAUUGUCUGUUGCGUCGAUUCGAUGAAAAUCUAUCGAUACGAGAAAUCGAUCUAUUAACACAGACUCCAAACUCGGCAGACAAAGCAUUUCUCACAACUCGAGUAGGUUUUAAUGACUCUUUUAACGAGCUUAAUUUCCACGUUUAUCUUGCUGAGUAUUGAUCUCGUAGGCGCUUGAUUUACAUAAAUCACGAAACGAAGUCAAUUCUUUUUUCUUUAUUUUAAAUGAAUACUUAGCGGAGAAUUAAGAGCGAAUUAAAGAAGCGAUACGUCAUUCAAAUCUACGAUAAAUUCUCCUCCUUUGUCCAAUCUCCCCUUUAUCCCUCCAUCAUCUCUUGGUUAUGCGCGAUUAUGUAUCAAUGUUUAAUUUAUGGGAACGUAUACACAAGAAAAGUAGGUGACUCCUACUGACGCGGGUGUCACCGAUGACGCCAUGUAUGGUUGCGCUCAACGUUGCAGCUCGCGUAUGUCCUUGGAAGUCACUCUUAGAACGCAGCAUCCUAUCUAUUAGACGGUUUUCUUCCUUGCUCCUCGUAGUCGUCGGCGAGCUUUUCAGUCAUUCUGCGGGCUCACGUGCGGCACGUUCCUCGUCGAUGUAUCCGGUUUUCCGCUCGUAUCCGCAGCCGGUACACCCGGUGCAUCCGGAUCGUCGAAGGAUGUUUUACAGAUUCUACGAUCGCUAUCGGAUCUUCAAUGACCGAAGCGUUCGACCGUUUCCGUUCAGGUUUUAUUGGGAAGACUUCGGCGUGCCAGUUUUGACGAUCGAUUACGUGGAUCUUUGCAUCGAAGAAAAUGGUGAUAAACAUCGGACAUUCAGAUACGAAUUAAUGACACGUCAGACUGACAGAGCAAGAUUGGUCGUCAGACGUGGCCAAGAGUUCUAUUUGCAUCUCAGUUUGUCACGAGAUUAUGAUCCUGCCAUCGACGGGAUUUCUAUUGUUUUCACUUUGGAUGGCAUCGAGAAGCCACAAUAUGGACAUGGUACUCUGGUGGCGACUGCUCUACUCAAUCCUGGCGAAAUUUCCGAGGCUGCUUGGCAGGCCACCAUAGACGCUAUAGAACCGAAUUUUUUAAGAAUCAGGAUUGUGCCGUCUGCAAACGCGAUCAUUGGCAAGUGGAACAUGGAGAUUGACACGAAGAACAAAGAAUCCGCAGGUGCUGUUAGUUUUACAAUGCAGAAUUCGUUUUAUUUGAUUUGCAAUCCAUGGUGCAAAGACGAUGUUGUCUACUUGGAAGGCGAGGCUGAAUGCCAGGAAUACGUGAUGGCGGAAGAUGGUUUGAUUUGGCGUGGUAGUCACAAUCGCAUGCGGCCUACUGUAUGGAAAUAUGCACAGUUCGAACGCGAUAUCUUGGACUGCUCCUUGCACCUGAUGAACCAAGUCGGCAAAGUUCGAGUCUCCGGUAGGAAUGACCCGGUCGUUAUAACGCGCUGCCUAUCCGCCGCGGUGAACUCCCCAGACGACAACGGGGCGGUAAUGGGAAAUUGGUCGGAUGAUUACGGAGGCGGUACGCCACCCACGCGAUGGAUGGGCUCGCAAAAAAUACUUCAGCAGUAUUACAAAACGAAAAAACCGGUCAAAUAUGGCCAGUGUUGGGUUUUCUCUGGCGUGUUAGCAACGGUCUGCCGUGCUCUCGGUAUACCCUGCCGAGUGGUGACCAACUAUUCCAGCGCACACGAUACCCAAAGCAGCCUUACCGUCGACUACUUCGUGGAUGCCGAAGGCAAAGUCAUGGAAGAACUCAACAGCGAUUCUAUAUGGAAUUUCCAUGUGUGGAAUGAGGUGUGGAUGAAGCGACUUGACUUGUCGUCUGACUGCUCGGGCUGGCAGGCGAUCGACGCGACACCACAGGAACUGAGUGAAGGUGCAUUUCGUUGCGGACCAGCAUCCGUCACUUCUGUAAAGAAGGGGGAAGUCCUGCGACCUUACGAUAACGCGUUUCUUUUUGCCGAAGUGAACGCCGACAAAGUUUAUUGGCGUUACAAUGGUCCGACGCAGCCGUUGAAAUUGGUUCGCAAGGAUAUGUAUGGAAUUGGCCAACUCAUUAGUACGAAAGCGAUCGGACGAUGGGCGAGGGAGGAUAUCACGCACACUUAUAAAUAUCCAGAGAAAUCUGAUGAAGAACGGGCGGCUAUGCUAAAGGCGCUGCGUCAAAGUGAGUCCUUAUUUAGCCGUUACUACCUCAACGAGGAAUUCAACGACAUUAUGUUCACUUUCGAAUUGCGCGACGACAUUGUAAUUGGGCAACCAUUUAGCGUUGUGUUACUGAUAAAAAAUCGGCAUUCGUUGAUGGAGUACCGUGUGUCAGUGAUUCUGAGAGUGGAAACUGUCCUCUACACCGGUCGCGUGGGUGAUCCAGUGAAAAGAUUAAAUGUCGAGAGGUUGGUGCGUCCAGGUGUGCUCGAAGAAAUCCGCAUGGACGUUUCCUGGGAAGAAUACGGCCCACGAUUGUUGGAUCAGUGCGCCUUCAACAUUGCUUGUCUCGCUACCGUGAAAGAUACGAACUUCGAGUAUUUUGCGCAGGACGACUUUCGUGUCAGAAAACCCGAUAUUAAAAUCAUGUUGCAUAACGAUCCAAUAGUCGGUCAGACUCUUAACGCGACGGCUAAAUUCCGUAAUCCAUUGCCGAUUCCUUUAAAAAAAGGCAGAUUCCUCAUCGAAGGACCUGGACUGAACGAGCAAUUGAAGCUAAAACUGACGGAGCCUGUCGAGGUAGACGCGGAUGCGGAAUGCAUAUUCUCCAUGAUACCAAAGUUAGAGGGACGCGCUAGGAUAGCAGCAAAAUUCUAUUCAAAGGAAUUGGAGGACGUCGAUGGUCAUUCGGACAAUUUUAUAGUAAAACCCAUGAAAAUAAUUGACAAUUCUGAGUAGUCGCAUUACUUUUCACGACAUCUUAGGAGAGAAUGAUCCAGUUGAUUUUAUACUUUCACUAUCGAUAUUUAUACUUGUAUUAAUUGAUAUAACAAUAAGUAGAGUAAAUGCAAGUCUCGAAAUUAAACCUCUGCUGACAAUAUUGAGGUGGAAUUCGACCUCAGGCAGACCACGUUGCUCGAUGUAUCGUAACUUCUCGUUAUCAGUAGAAAGUUAAAAUAACGUAAAUCAGAGUUCGGAAUUAGUUGCCCAUUUCGGCCGAUUUUUGGGAGCUACGCCUUCUAUCUUCCCCUUGCCACGAGCGGGCCGCGAAAAUGACGGUCGCGGCCAGUUGCGGCUUCAAGCUUGAAGACUCGACCGUCACUUUUGUGGCCCGCUCGCGGCAAAGGAAAGAUAGAAGACGUAACUCCUGAGAAUCAGCCGAAAUGGGUAACUAAUUCCGAGCUCUGACGUAAGUAACAUUUAUAAAUGCAAUUUGAAGAAACAAAUCUAGUAUUGUUUGUGCCAAAAAUUUGUUACAUGUCAUCGAAAGGUAUCGAUAUGUGCAAGAAACACGAAAUGCCCGUUUAUUUAUUGUUUGCAUGUAAAACUAUACAAGUAAAAAAAUACGAUCAAUACUAUUUUAUAAUAUUACCUAUUAUAUAUAGUUAUAUACACUACUAUAUAGUUAUACACACAUUGCGGCCAUAUACUAUAUCUAUGUGUUCAUAGAAUGUAUUUGUGAAAUCGUGACAUUUGUACACGUGAAUAAAAUAAUUUAUCAUGUCUAAUCCGAA